AUGAAAGAAGCAAAGCGAACUCAAGUCCCGGAUUUCGUCAAGAGAAAAGGCCAAAAGGGCUGCUUUGAUGUUGAUUCUGCGGAGGAGUUCGCAUGGAAUGGCGCCCACUAUGAGCAACAGCCAGAGGACUGGCGCCCGCGGCAUGCUAGUUCCACCAACUAUUCGGACAAGUUGGUCCAGUUCCAGGUUGACAUGGAACACGAAGUGAACCGUCUUGUAAAGCUGCUGAAACAGCAGGGGAUCCCUCGCGGGACAGAGUCGAUGGUCCGAACUGACGUGUUUUCCCGCUACGCCAUGCUGCUAAACUACCUGGUGGCGAUUCGAGGGUAUGUCUGCAGAUGUCGGAUUCGAAAGGCCCCCAUCAACAUGGGGUGGGACAAGGCAAGUGAACUCUCUACUACGGUGCUUUAUUACUGGGUAGUGCCGAGGCCAACGGUCGGAGCUGGGGAGACCUAUGAAUGGGAAGCUUAUGUGAGUGCUGAUAGGUGGCAAGAUUAG